AUGCAUCAGCACAGUAUGGAAGGAAUAUUUAAGCAAAAAUGGGGUAAUCAUUUUUUGGAAGCUAUUCCAACUGCUUAUCAAUGCAGAAGAAAACAUACUGUAGUAUUUGCUACAAUGAAAACGGAAAAUCUUACCAGUGCUAAUCUCAAUAUUGGCUUAAUGGAUGCAGAAUGCAUGAGAAACUAUAACUUGCAGAGUUUGAGAAAUAAUUCAACAAAAUCCAAGCAACAGAUUCAAAAGAAAGCAGAAACGGAAUUCAAUACCAAGUUUAAUAUUAUAUGCUCCAAAAGUGAUCUCACUUACAUCGUGCACGCUGACAAGUAUUGCAAGCUGAGCGAAUUAGAUAUCACUUGCUUUUUAUUCACGGGUGAUGGCAGCGACUUUAAGCGUUCGUCAGUGCCUUAUUUUACAAGUAAAAUACCUAUGAUUGUAUCAGCAGUUCCAAGAACAGACAGUACAUAA